AUGAAUAUUACAUGAAUUGUUGUGUUAAUUGAGACACGAAGACAUGACAUGAUGUGAUCAAUGGAUGACCGACUGAAUGGAUGAGUGAUUAAACUAAACUGCAAUCAAUAGUCAGAUCCCCAGCGGCGGCAAUGUUGACAUCAUUUUCGGUCACUUCUGCGAGUCGUCUCUUAAUUGCUGUUGUCAUUGUAUGGCUUUUGAUAAUAUUUGUGAUAACGGGUCCACUGAUCGGAUGGUCACACAGUCGUGAGGAUGGUAUGGCUAACGGCGACUCCAAUGGCAAC